AUGUAUGACUCAAAAGUUAAAGAAUCAUCAUUAAAUUUCGAUCUGAAAAUAUAUGAAUUUUGUUCAGACUUUAGCAUCUUUGUUAUAAAUGAGUCUUUACAAGAAAAUGGAGAACAAAGUUCAAACAUAACUCCAAAAGAGUAUAAAGUUCAUCGAUAUGUUUUAUCUCAACAAUCAGAUUAUUUCAAAGUACUAUUUGAGUCUUCUCAAAAUUUCAUUGAACACAAAGAAAAUGCUGUUGUGAUUCGGUUAAAAGAUCCUUUCAACGUCUUUCCACAAAUCCUUCGUUAUAUGUACACUGGAUAUAUUUCUAUUAAUCACAAAAUUCUCAUUUCAAUCCUUUCAAUAUCUAAUCGAUUCGCGAUCGAAAAACUUACCAUACACGCCACAACAUAUUUCGAUAACUUUUACGAUUAUAAAAGGAAAAUACCCUUAAACUUGUCUUUUAUUUCCGCUCAAGAAAUAUAUACAUUAUAUUUAGAUGCUAUAGAGAAUGAAUUUGAAGAGGUAAUACCAGAUUGGCUGUUGGCUAUUGCAUUCGAUGAACUUUGGGAAAUCGAUAAUGAUGUGAUGAGCUCUGUAAGGUUAGAUCGUGUGCUAAAAUGCGAUUGUGUUAAAUUAAAAAAUGAGGAUCAAAAAUUUUCAGUUAUUAGAAAGAUUGUAGCAGAUUUCUGUGGUACUGAAGAAUAUGAUGAAACAUUUGAAGAAAAGUGGAAUAAAAUGGCAUUAAAAGUUGCAAUGCCUUUUCCUGAUAUAUUAGAAGAAUCUGAAGAGUCCAGCGAAGAAAGUACCGUGACAGAGGCACAACAAAAUGAAAACGAAAUAGGUGAAGAGACUGAAAAGCAGAUUGAUGAUGGUAAUUCUAGCUCAACAUUGCAUUCUCAACAGACAAACGGCAUUGUUGAGAAUGACGCUAAUGAAGAUGAACAUUUGGAAUUUACUUUGCACGAUAUAAAAGAGGCCUACGAACGAUUAAAGCAUAAUAAUAAGUUGUAUGAAUGGUUCAAACUCGUUAAUUAUUCUUUGCUCGAUCCAAAAAAUUGGGAAGUUGCUCUUGCAGAUAAUUUGAUACCUAAUAAACUCGUCUUGCAAGGAUUAUUUGAAGUAUUAAAAAAAGAUGAUAUUGAAAAGGAAACUUCAAAAUC